UUUUUCCCUUUCCUUCUUUUCUUUUCUCAAUUUUCUAUUCCCAUUUUUUAGUUUUUUAUACAAAUUGUUUCAAGGCUCUAAGCCUAAAAAGGAAGGAAAGAGAGUUGGAAAGAUUAAUCCCGUACCUUACAUGGUUAUCUCCUUUGCCAAUAUCAUAUCUCUCUCUCUCUCUCUCUCUCUUCUCCUCUCCAUCAGUUGAAUACAUUAUCCAUUAUCUUUCUUGUGUUACCUCCAAUAAUUCCCUCGUAGAUUAGCUCAAUCUCUUCUUUCUGCCCUGCUGCAACAAAGCCACCUACACUUAUCUUUUUGCUUUUGUUGAUAGAACUGUUCUCAGAUAAUUAAUGGCUAGAAAUUGAAAGGCCUGUCUUCUUCUUUCUUUCCUUCCUUUCUUUUAACUACUGUGACUUGUCUACAAGUACUUCCAUUCAACGGUUUCCCAGUUUUCCAAUUCCUACUAAUAUUUCACUUCAACUUUCCCACUUUUCUCUCCUCCUUUUGACGGUUUAUGCGAGACUGGCAGUGUAGAAGUUAACAAGAUAAGAAUCUUCCUAUCUUCUUCAAGAAAAUUUUGGGAUUCUCCCAGGUACUCAGUUUUUACUUUGCUUUUUUUUUUUUUUACAAAUCGUAGGGUUCUUUUAGCCUCCACUCGUUGCAAUGAUAAUUCUGUCGUGGGUAAAAAAAGAAAAAAGACCCAUAUGGUCUUCCCUUUUUCAGUCAAUGAAGGUGGUAGUGGCAACUUUUGCUCUAACUUCUAAGAAAGCAUGUUCUCUACUUUGGGAAAUACUCACUUAAAAAAAUAUACUACUACUGCUAUUAAGCGCAGGUUCUAAUUCUCCAUUUCGGAUGAUGAAUAGAAAUUAUGAUGCCCAACUGGGAUUUUAGUUUGGGUUUUGUUUGAAGAAAAAAAAAAAAAAAGGAGGUAAAGGCCUUUCUUUUUUGCGAAAAAUAUCUUCCUUGCUAUUUGUGGUUGGGAUGUAAGUGCUGACUUCAAUGAUUUGACAGGUAUCCAGCGUCUGAAUAGCAUAAAAGUUGCGCUUUAUUAUGGGGGGUGCAAUGACCAUUAAGACCCCCUCGGCCUCCCCGCUCUUGCUUUUAGCCUCUUUUCUUUACCUACAUCUUUUUCUUUUUAAUGUGUUGCUUCCUGGCCACUACACAACUCGGACUAAAGAAAGCCUAUUUAGCCUUCUUCCAUUGGAAGGGGAAGUUAGGUCAUGAUUCUCUGCGAUAUUUAAAACUGUGCAUCCCCCUUGAAGAUUUAUUUUCUCCAAUUAAAACUUAAUUACUAAUUGCAAUUAAUUGUCAACUACUCUUGAUUUGAUCGUAUAUGAUGAGUCACUUGGUAGUUGUUAUGACUAUUAUGAGUUCCAACCUGACCAAUCCCCUUCCACUAAUUCUUCUUGAAAGAACAAAAAAGAGUUUUUAAAUUUAUAUUUACACAUAACUCUCCUAAUGUAAUUUAUGUUAUAAUUUCGAAACAAAGGGUGAAACAGAAGCCUUUGUGCUUGGUAUUUGCUAGGUGUUUUCUUGUGCCAGAAAGUAUUAUAGUUGUGGAAUUGUUGGUCUGAUUCUAAUUCUGGUUAUAUAGUAUUAUGAAGAAUCAUUUGAUUUAUUGGAGCAGGUAUUGAGUUCAGUGGGAAUAGAAUUUGAUUAAGGUGGUGGGAAUGAAGAAUAAAAAAUAGAAAAAAAAAAGAAACAGGAAUGUUGAUGGGGUAUGACUAGCAGCGGAUUGAUGGUAAGUUGAAUGUUGGAACAAUAUUAAACUAUUAAGUCCAGCAGCUCAGUAGGUGAAUCAGGCUUGGUUUGGCAUUGUUGGAUUGAGAGUUGGGGUGAUUUUGAAGAUACUUUAAGAUUCCUUGGGCCUCGUUGAUGGAAUCAUCAUCAUCUGCUCCCUUUAAAAGGGCUCGGACACCAGGCAGCGGAAACCAAGGACCUUCAUGCUUGGUUGAUGGUUGCACUGCAGACCUCAGCAAAUGCAGAGACUACCAUCGACGCCAUAAAGUAUGUGAAGUCCACUCUAAAACCCCAAAAGUUACAAUUAGGGGUCAGGAACAACGAUUUUGCCAGCAGUGCAGCAGGUUUCAUUCGUUGGUGGAGUUCGAUGAGGGGAAACGAAGCUGCAGGAAACGUCUUGAUGGACACAACCGAAGACGGAGAAAGCCUCAACCUGAUUCUCUGUCAGGAAGGUUUCUUUCAAAUCACUCAGGUACUAGAUAUUUGCCAUUCAGUAGCCCCCAAAUACUUUCCACUACCACCAUGACCACUUCUUGGUUGGGGGCUGUGAAAGUGGAAGCUGAUAUAAGCUCGGAGUUAAACUUCAGCAGCAGAAAUAGCUUGUUCCCUGGAUCCUCAUCUCACAGCUACAAAGGAGAAAAGCAGAUCUCAUUCUUACAAACCGCAAGUUCGUCACUCCCUGGAUUUUCUGUUUGUCAACCGCUUCUUGAUGCCAAUUCUUCAUCAAACAAUGGCGGCAGCAGCCGGAAAAUGUUCUCAGUUGGGUUAAAUCAAGCCAUUGACUCUAGUCGUGCUCUCUCUCUUCUGUCAUCCCAACCGGCUGAGACUCAGGAGAUUGGAUUGAGCCCCAUGGUGCAGUCUGGCCCAGCUUCAACCUUGAGCCCAAACUUGCAAUAUAAUGGUCUUGUAAUGGAUGCUGGGCAAGUAGGAACAAUUUUGGCCGCUGAUGGCCGUAGUAACACCAACCUCCAUGGACAUGAAAUCUUUCAGACUGGACAUCCUGGGUCAUCUGAAAGUGGUAAUCACCAGACACUCUCCUUCUCAUGGGAGUAGUAUGUGCCAUCUCCAUCUACCUUCAGAUCAGAUGGGUUGAGUAAUUAAAAAUGUUAAUCCCAUAAAUUAGAAUGUUUAGAACCUUUUGAGCCGUGACAUUUUGAAAACGCAAAUGUUUGUACGGGUGUUUUCCUUUCGAAUAAUUAUGAAGCCUUGUUUAAGAUGGUUUCCAUUCAUGUAUGAAUCUUCUUAGACAUUAUUUUCUUCUGCGGUAGUAGUUUUUACUCUUGAGGGUCUAUGCAAUCACUCUGUGUUGUGUUGGCAGAGGAAAUUGCGUCUAAGAAAGCAAUAUCGGCUAUCAAAGGGUUGAUUUCAAAUCUUCUUUCAUAUUAAAAAAAA